AUGACCGGCCCCACUUCGAUCCUCUCCAACAUUGACGCUGUCAGCACCUCGGCGCUGGCGCUCUAUUACCGGGCCAAGCAGGCAGGGUCCGAUUUCGACCAUGUCGUGCCUGCCAUCUCCGGUUUGUCCACCGCCCUAAAACACCUCAAGAUCGAGGCCGGCGACCCUGAUUCCGUCCUCAACUCCUCCCGAGGCCCCGUCUACUACCGCCAGCUCACCCCCGCCAUCGAGGACUGCGAAUUUACCCUAAGCCAGCUCGAAACCGUCCUUGCCAAGUACGAAAGCGGCGCCAUCUCCGGAAAUGAGCAACAUGACCUAUUAUCGCUCAUCCGCAAAAAGCUCGACGAGCAGAAGCUAGAGGUCGACUUGUUCUUGGACACCGUCCAGCUGCAGAGCCCCGUCAAGACAACGAUCAACUCAGACGACAGGAACCUGGACGUGAUAAAAGACAAGGUUGACGCCAUCGCAAGGAAGAUUUUUGCAAGGAAAGAUUCGGGCUUUGUCGAUGACGAGAACGCUCUAUGGGAACGCUUCAGGGAUGAGCUGGAGCACGAAGGUUUCUCGCGAGAGGUUCUGAGAAAACACAAGGAAGUUCUGAGGGCCUAUAUCAGAGAGCUCGAGUCUUCCGGCACCUCGGACAAUGGCCAGCCAGCCUCUGUCCGUGGUCUGCUCGAACGUGAAAGACCGCGGCAUCACGAACUCCCCCAUCUGACCACGUCGCCGACAUCUUACCACCAGCCCAAAGACAGGAGUCCCAGGGACCUGUAUACCCCCGUAGGAAGCGAAAAGUUUAGCCCUUCGGUCAAGGUUUCUGGAGAUCACCCCCGCCACUCCAACGAGACUUUGGCCUUCGCGAACCGCCAUGAUGACAACGAAAAGGGUCCUCCAGAUGCCGAAUCUUUCAGCACCCUCAUUUCCACUCAAGAUCUACUUGGCAUGGACCGGCCGAACCAACUUAACGAUCUGCCUACCCAAUUUAGCGGCAUGUAUGUCUCUCCCGCCAUCAUGCAAGCUAUGCAGAACCAGAACUACAGCUCGUCACCGCCAUCGGGCUCACCCAACGAUCGAUAUCUGUCAGCAGGAGGCUUCAGUGCCGCGGAGGGUUAUACACCCCUCAGUGCCUCACCCCGCUUCGUCCCUCCGCUGUAUGGCGAAGCUGGUAGUAGUCCACCACCUCCCUAUGGCUCCAGCCCCCCACGCCGCGCCCCUCGCCUCAAGCCCGACCAGAACGGCAACGAAAUUUCCUCCGACGCUAUCUGGACUAAGCUUAACCGUGACCUCAUCAGCACAGUCGUGCUGGAUCGCGCUGGCAUGCGCUUCGAGGCCCGCCCGGACUUUGUAGCUGUCCUCGGUGUCCUGUCGCCCCAGCAGAUUCAAGAGUUUGCGAGACAGAGCGCUGAGGUAAGAGAGGCUCGGCGCCGCCAUGAAGCUGCGAGGAGUUACCCUGCUUCUGGACACCUGAGGAGGCAGAACUCCGCGACGCCGUACCCGGUCAGUGAUAGCGGGACAGAGAGCGACGACGACGACGACAACGACAACUGGAGCGAGAGCGAGACUUCGGAGGAGACGAGGGAUGCGCGCCCCGACCACAAGAGCGGGGAGUCGCAAGACGACGACAAGGGAACAAAAUCGUACCCGUACCCUUUCAUCGUGAAUCCACCGAGCGAGCAUGAGGAAAAGACGUCUCCGUCCAGCACCGUAAAGCCGAAGCCUAUCCUGAAGAAUAAGAACGUGAACAAAGUGCACUUCGGACCGAACCCUUACGAGACGCCCGCUGACGACUCGGAGCGGAGUCCGAAGGAUAGGGAUCGAGACCGCGAUAGGGAUAGGGACAGGGACAGGGAUAGGGAUCGGGACCGGGACCGAGACCGAGAGCCAGACAGGGAGGAUCGCGAGAGGCGCAGGAGGAGGAGGCGGAGGGACGAGCACGGCCGGGAGCACCACCGCGACCACGACCACGACCGUGAUCGAGAGAGAGAUCGCGAUCGCGAUCGGGAGAGGGACAGAGAUCGGGACCGGGACCGGGACUCCCAUAGGCGGCGAAACCAUCGGGAGAAGGAUAGAGACGAUAAAACUAAGCGGAAGCCAAGAGGCAGCGAUACUCUGUAUGCUGCUGGCCUGGGUGGUGCAGCUGCUAGCUUGCUAACCGUGCUUGCCGAGGCGGCAGCUGCUGCGCUGUGA